AAACUAUGAAAAAUUAUCUCUCCCACCGGACAAAUCUCACCGGUAAAUCAUAUCUUCCUCACCUCCGCUGUUCACCGAAUCAUAGAUCUUAGCCUUGGUGUGAGCUCUGUCUGUUCUUCGCCCUUGUUGCUCACGUCUGUUUCGUUUCUUUAUAUCCGUUCCACCCUUUUCCGAACUGCUCAUCAUCUCCGAUCAACAACCUCUGUGUUCAUCUCAUUCUCCUUUUCACUGGAUUGUACUCCACAUAAAAAGUUCCAAAUUUCAAGUGAGAGGAAUUCGGAGAUCAGAUGGAUGGAUUACAGCAAAUAGGGCUCCCGGUGCUCGGAAUCGUAGCAGCAGCUGCCGUUACUUUCUAUGUCGUCAGCUUCUCCGAGCUUCGAGAGAAAUCGUUGAACAGAGAUUGGGAUGACGAUGGAUCUGAAAACGGUGGAUUUAAAACGUCUUUGAGCUCAAGAGAAAGAAGAACCAGAAGAAAAGCACAGAAACAGAGUAAUAAGCCCUAGUUGUUUUCACUGCUUUAAUUUCAAUGUUAAUUCCAAAAAGCUGCCAUUGCUACUCCCAUCGUUGUUCUGGAACGAUUUUUUCAUGUUUAUCUUGCUUCUAUAAGAUGAAUUCUGACUGAAAUUCGAAGCAAAUAUGUACGAUGUUGUUUAGAAAGAUUACUAAUUUCAUGAACAGAUUACGGAAC